CAUGCCUCCCCGGUCGUGAAGCGGGGCCGCUGCUGCCCCGCCGCUCGCUCAGGCCGCCGCCGCCCCUCCGCGCCGCUGUUAACCCGCCCUCGCCGCCACCUGGCCCUCCUGAUCGACGACACACGCACUUGAAACUGGUUCCCAGGGUGUGUGGAAUCAACUUUCCGGAAGCAACCAGCCCACCAGAGGAGGUAGACAGACAGCUAGGUCCCCAGAGAGAGAGGAUACGAUGCUGUGGAGGCUGGUUCAGCAGUGGAGCGUCGCGGUGUUCCUGCUGAGCUACUCGGUGCCCUCCUGCGGGCGCUCGGUGGAGGAGCUCGGCCGCCGACUCAAAAGAGCUGUGUCUGAACACCAGCUUCUCCAUGACAAGGGGAAGUCCAUCCAAGAUUUACGGCGACGAUUCUUCCUUCACCAUCUGAUCGCGGAAAUCCACACAGCUGAAAUCAGAGCUACCUCGGAGGUGUCCCCCAACUCCAAGCCUGUUCCCAACACCAAGAACCACCCCGUCCGAUUUGGGUCUGAGGAUGAGGGCAGAUACUUGACUCAGGAAACCAACAAGGUGGAGACGUACAAAGAGCAGCCACUGAAGACACCCGGCAAGAAAAAGAAAAGCAAGCCUGGAAAACGCAAGGAGCAGGAAAAGAAGAAGCGGCGAACUCGAUCCGCCUGGCUGAACUCGGGUGUGGCUGGGUGUUGGCUGGAAGGGGACCACCUGUCUGACAUCUCCGCGACAUCGCUGGAGCUCAGUUCACGGAGGCAUUGAAAUUUUCAGCAGAGACGUUCAGAAGACAUAUUGCAGGAUUCUGUAAUAAUGAACAUAUGGAAAGUAUUAGAAAUAUUUAUUGUCUGUAAAUACUGUAAAUGCAUUGGAAUAAAACUGUCUCCCCCAUUGCUCUAUGAAACUGCACAUUGGUCAUUGUGAAUAUUUUUUUUUUGCCAAGGCUAA